ACAGCUGAGGGCUGGGACAGUUGGCAGUUGGGCGGCGGCCAUCUUAGAAGGACAGAGAGCAAAGAGUGGAGCAGCGCUAAUAGCUGCAUUGUGUAGGGAUGUUCCCGGUGACUGGAAGGAAAGGAGAUUGACGGCAGCAGCUAGGGGACUCUGUGAUCAGCUACGCAUAUCCCUGUGAGAAUCGGUGGAUGAUGGCAGCAGCUAGGGGACUCUGUGAUCAGCUACGCAUAUCCCUGUGAGAAUCGGUGGAUGAUGGCAGCUGCAGAGACAAUUGAGGCUGUGUUUAGGGACAUCUUCUGGCAUCCAAGGACAGUGAUGAAGCUACUCACCUCCCAGUGUAGGAGGGUCAGGAAGCACCUCCUCCUUUAGAGCUGCAGCUGCCCCCUCUCAUCCUGUCUUCAAGAUGCACAGAGCCUGCUCCUCUUCAUGGCUCAUCUUCACUUCAGCAGCAGUGACAGCAUGAUAUCACAUACACCGUGCCAGAAAAUAAUCCACUGGGACCUGAGGAGGGGAUGAAUGCUGUCCAACAGACACAGCGUGUCCACAGUGUAUAAUCACAGUGAUUAAAAAGUGGGAUUUGCAGAGUGAAGGUAUUUAAAGGACGGAGAGAUGGAAAGACACAGUUCCAGCGAUCUAUACAGAGGACACAAGAUGGCAAAGUCUAUUGUAAUAGGACUGGCAGUGACAGGCAUCAUCGCUCUGGUUACCAGUGCUCCAGCACAGUUUGAUGAAAUGAUUAAGGUGACAACAAUCAUUUAUGGCCUGGCUAACUUCUCUGAUUACGGCUGUCACUGCGGUGCCAACAGCCUAGGAAGGCCUGUGGAUGCCAUUGACUGGUGCUGCCACGAGCAGGAUUGCUGUCACAACGAGGCUGAACUUCGGGGCUGUAACCCCCUGACUCAAACUUACCGUUUUUAUACAGAGGAGGAGCAGAAGGUGAAAUGCAUGAAAGCUCGUGAUCGCUGUGAGAAGAUGAUCUGUGAGUGCGAUGAAAAGGCUGCAAACUGUUUCCGCAAGGAGUUGGAAGAUUAUAAUGUGUAUUUCCGUAAUUUCUCUUCCCUUGGGGCCUGCAGAGGACCCCGACCUUUCUGCUAGUUAAAACACCAGACAACAUUGACUCGUAGAAGCUAAAUCAUACAUUUUGCCAAGUAGAGUUAGUAAUUAGUAGUCCAAACAGGCCAAGUAUACAGGAGGAAUUAUUUAGUCAUGUUUAUCAAUACAACAGCAGAGAGAUAUGAAAUAGGGGAUUGUGGUGAAUUUGUAUCAUUGGUGAUUCAUUUGCUCCCAUGCAGAGGUCCUGGUCAGGAGGAUUGAGCGGCUUUUGGGAUACAAUGGGAAGGCAGCCAUUUUAGAGUUACUCCAUUCAUGCAACACAUGACUGAAAUCACAUAGUAACAACACACUAGUAAGAUACAAAACCAUUCUUUUUUGAAAAAGGUUAUUUUUUGAGUUAAAAAAAAAUAGGACAGGAAGAUAAAAGUGAUCUCAUAAUCACAGAGUAUAUAUCAAUGUUUCCCAACUAAAGGGCUCAGGGCACUAACAGUGCAUGUUUUCUAGAUCUCUUUACAGGAGCAAAGGUGUAUUCAUAACUGACAGACACAAUUUAAAGAUCCUACGGUGGUUCUAAUUAUUUCACUUGUAAUUCUGUGUGGAGACCUGGAACUUGCACUGCAAGUAUUCCCUGAGGUCUGGAGUUGGGAAACACUGGAGAAUAGUAUACAUUUUUGUCUGUCACUAAUUUAAACAGGGAAGACCAGGUUUAACUCAUUAUUACAGCCUACAAAACGUUUUGACUUAAUAAAUAAAGUUUCAAGUUACA